AUGGCAGAGCAACCUUCCGUCGUUAUUCGUGAGAUCGAAAAGGACCGCGUCGAUUUCGUUUUGCACAAUGUCGACUUGGCGAUGGCAAACUCGUUAAGGAGAACCAUGUUGGCAGAAGUGCCGACGUUGGCGAUAGAUCUUGUGGAGAUUGACGUUAACACGUCUGUCUUGGCAGACGAGUUUCUUUCGCACCGGCUAGGACUCAUUGCGCUAGAUAGUCUGGGAGUUGAGGAUUUGGCCUAUUCAAGAGAUUGUGCUUGUGAUAAUUACUGCGUCAGGUGCUCGGUGACGCUCGAACUAACGGCAAAGUGCGACUCGGAACCAACUAUGACGGUUUACGCGUCGGACUUGUACAAGAUCAACGAUAGCCAAGCUUUGGGGAAACCGGUAAUCAGAGAUCCGCAGGGGAAAGGUCCCAUAAUCUGCAAAUUGAGGAGGCACCAGGAGUUGAGAUUGACGUGCAUAGCGAAGAAGGGGAUCGCCAAGGAGCAUGCCAAGUGGUCUCCGUGUGCCGCAGUGGGCUUUGAAUACGACCCUUGGAACAAGUUGAAGCACACAGACUACUGGUAUGAAGUCGAUGCCAACGAAGAAUGGCCCAAGUCGAAAAACUGCCUGGCGGAAGAACCCCCUGACCCAGAAGCCAGGUUCAACUACAAUGCGGUCCCUUCGAGAUUCUACUUUGACGUGGAGACGGUGGGCAACUUGACGCCGAAAGAUGUGGUCUUGGAAGCAAUCGACACAUUGCAAAAGAAAUUGGCAGGUAUAUCGAUCGAGCUCAACAAGGACGCAGUCGAGAGAAGUAAUGCGCAAUCGGGCGGCUUUACAACCUACAAGGCAACAGAUUAUGGUGGACAAACUCCUGGAGCUGACAUGGGCUACGGAAACAAUGCCUAUGGAGGUGCUGAUACUUACGGAGCCGAUAACUACGAAGGAACGGCUUGGAACUAG